AGCGUUGUGUUCAACCAGUGUUGAGUUUAGAGGGUCUCUCUCUAGCGAGGUGACAAGUCUGACCACAGGAGCAACCGAGAGGAAGUACCUGCCGUUUGAAGAAAAAAAACACACCAAAAAAUACAAAAACAACCAACACUUUUCAUCGUUACACCGCUGGAUACGUAACUCGCCCUGGGGUUUGGAUUAAGUUAAAAAGAACACUCUUUUUUUAGUUUUUCUUUUUAAUUUGCUUUGGAAGACUCACAUAACACAAUGGGAUCCCAGGCAUCCAAGGGAGAUGUGGCCGCGGAGGCGAGCGCUGCAGCCGCCGACGGUGCAGCUGUCAAAACCAACGGACAGGAGAAUGGACAUGUGAAAACCAACGGGGAUGUCUCCACAAAGGCCGAUGGGGAUGCUGCGGCCACCAACGGCUCGGCCGAUGCAGCCAAGGAGCCCGAAGCCGGCGCCGAAGGAGACGCCAUCGAGCCGGCGCCCGCUGCGGAUGGAGAGGCGGCCAAACCCGAAGGCGAGGCUGUGGCCAAGGAGACCCCCAAGAAGAAGAAGAAGAAGUUCUCCCUGAAGAAGUCCUUCAACUUCAAACUGAAUGUGAAGAAGGGCAAGAAGAGCGAGGCGGUGAAGGAGGAAGCGCCUGAUGCCGCCACCGCCACCGCAUCCGCCGCCGCCAGCCCCUCUGAGGAGAAACCCGCCGAGAACGGAGCCGCUGCUCCGGCAGAGGAGAAGAAGGAGGAGAAGAAAGAGGAGGCUCCGGCUAAAGAGGAGGCUGCCGCUGCAGCCGAGGCCCCAAAGGCAGAGGAGGCUCCGGCUAAAGAGGAGGCCCCCAAGGAGGAGGCCAAGGAGGCCAAGGAGGCCGCGGCCCCGGUCCCCGAGGCUACAAAACCAACAGAGGAGAGCAGCUCGACCCCGGCUCCCUCUGAAAAGAAAGAGUGAUUGUACCUGAAGCUCACAAUGAACUGGGUGAACUGUUUUUCAAGAGAGAGAGAGAGAAUUUAAGAGCAUAUAUAUAUAUAUAUUUAUAUAUAUAUGUGUAUAUGUAUACAUAUGUAUAUGGAUAUAUGUAUAUGUAAAUAUAUACACAUGUAUGUGAGAGACUCCUUCGACGUGCCACUUUUCGUCAUGAUAACAAGACGACAGACUAGAUUCACUAGAUCACUUCCCUGGUUACUGCUCGACAUCCGGACCUGGACUGAGUUUUUAGGCUGUGGGCUGGUCGCUGUGUGGAAAUUGGAUUUUAAUGGCUAGAGCUUCGAGCUAAUGACACCAUGAAGUAUAGAUGGAUGAAGGAUGGAUGGAGUCAAAGCAUCUUUUCCCUUAAAAAAAAUCUGCAAAUCAAGAUGCCUCCUCGCUGAAGGAAUGAAACUAGAAACUAGGACACCACCACCACCUGAAAUGACUGUUGAAUAGAGCAAAAAAAAAUAAAAAUAAUAAUAAUGAAAUCAGAAAAUUAAAGAGACUCGCCAACUUUUUACAUUCCUAUAUUUUAACCCGAAUUUGAAGUAUUUUGUGGUGUAUUAUAGAGAAGCAUCUUAAAGAUUCAGAGAAGCUAUUACCUGUUUGUUUAAAGAAAAGAAAAAAAAAUAGACAACUUUGAUUUUUACCUUACUAUGAAAAAAAAAGAACACUUAAGCUUGCUAUGUUCACUGUCGCGGUUUGAUAUGAAGCAGAGUUGUUUAUCUGUCGUAUGUGAGCCUGAAUCUGCUUUGUCUCUGUAAAUACAUUGGAUUGAUUUCUGUUCUUUAUUUUGCUAAUGUUGACAGAUGUUUCUGGUUUUAUUGUAAAGUUGAUAAUGGUAAAUAAAUGUUGGUUACCUGCC